CACUUUGUAUUACUCAUUCACAGUUGCCUCACCUUUGCCAUGAAACGCUAACAGGCAGACGGUCACUUAAAUUACAGGUGGUAGGACUACCUAUGUAGAAGCAAUGACGUAAACCUAAGAUUCGCGAAAAGGCUACGUUUGAUUCUUAAGAACUUUUCAUCAUAGGGCGCGAAAUUUCCAAGUGAUUUUUUUACGGUGGUGACAAAAGGGAGUAUUCAAAUCAUCAAGAUGUAGAUGUCAAAAUAACCAUGGCUUUAGUGAAUUCUUGUUUUUGUUGUGGUGUGCCUAUAGCAGCUGGAUUUUUUACUGUUUACCUUUUGAUCGCCUACUUGAUAGCGUUCGCUUUCGAGUUGCUAUGGAUUCUGGAAUCCAGCUCGAACCUUCCUGUUGCGGCAGUCCUGCUCUGCGCUGGGUAUUUCACAAUGGCUUUGUUCGCAGCUUUGUUGGUUCAUGGUUUGGCUACGAAAAAUACUUUAUGUCUCAUAGCAUGGAUGUUUGCAGUAACAAUACUCACCUUUCCAGAAGCUGGCUUGGUUUUCUACAUGAGUGUACAGUAUUGGAAAGUACAAAGUCUCUACGGACUGACAGAAUUAAUAUGCUGGUUUGUGAGAAUCGUGGUGAACGUUGUCCAACUGGUGCUAGUCCAAUCUUUAUUUACAAUGUGGAAAGAUGAGGAACUAGUCGAUAAAAGGUUGAGGGAACUCAACGUCCAAGGCGUGCCUGUACAAAUGGAAGGAUCAGCUACUUUGAAUAGUCAAUAUUACCAAAAUAACGCGUAUGCUCAAUCGGUGGAAAGUCUGAACUCCAUAGGAAUAAAGAGGACAUUACCCUCUUCGCACAUUUGGAAUGGUGCAAACAUGCCAAAUAACAUCAAUGUUCCUCUAGAGAAUUACUAUUUCACAACACAGAGCGAAUUCAAUGCCAGUGUUUUUGUGCCAAAUCAAGCAGAUCCCGAUGAUUCUGUUCCUAUGUCCAAAAAAUCUCAAUCCAUGAUGGACCUUAGAGCUUUAGAUGAUAACACCUCUUUAUCGAGAUACAGACUUAGUAGAUGGACCCAAUAUCCACCGCCAAUGAGAGAAAAAAGUUCGGUGGUGCAAUCUAAUUAUAACCUAAGCUUGAGGAGCAACAUCAAUCGUCAACAGAGGACAAAACUACCCAGGUUUGCUUCUAUGGAUGCCUUAGAUAGCAGCGACAAAAACAGCCAUAUCAUAAGAAACCGUACAGGAUUUUAUGCUCAACCUAUAGAAAACUAUGGUGUUCCAAUUUACUACGGACCACUUGAUGGACCAGACUUUCUAAUUUAUAAAAAACAAAUGGAUAAGUUGACCAGUAGGAAUUCUUUGAGCAACGCUUCCGUUGACGAUGUGCAGAAAUACAGAGAUGUUGCAUUAUAAAUAUAUGUAAAAACAUACUACAAAGAGUGCAAGAAGUUUUGAGAGACUAAAAUGAAAAAUAUGUAUUCCAAAAGAUUUGAGUUAAACUCUCAUUUGUAAACUAAAUUAUCUUUUGAAUUCAAUUGCAACAGUACUUAAUUCUUGGAGAACAUAUUACCAUCAGUACAUACGCUUGUUCUUACCAAAAUACCACAGGAUUUUUUUAAAAGAAUCUAGGCGAGUUAGUACACCUAGAAGUACAUCUAAUGGGGCAAUGACAUGUUUUUAUACUUUAUGAAACGUGAAUGGUACGCUAUUAAUUCAAUUACAGCAAAUAUUUCUACAGCCAUUUGUACCUGUAACUAUGACAUUAAAAUCCACUACUUGUAAAUCAAACAUGCUUUACUAAUUACCAAACAUAAUCUUUGUCUUGACCAGUUCUUAAAAAUGUAAUAGCAAGAAUCAAUUCAAUCAUAGGAUCAAAUGAAAGUUGAACUUCGACUAAAAAUAACAUAUUUUAAAAUAUGCAAACUCUAACCAAAAACGUAUAUUUUUCAACUAAAGAUGGAAUAAAAAAAGUCAUUAAUAUUUGACAGAGGGUUCGCAGACUACUUUGUUAUACUUCAUGAAAUUUUUUACAUUGGAGAAAUUUCAUUGAAAUAUUUUCUGUCUGUAGAAUAACUGAAAAUAAUUUAUAUGUGAAAUUAUACCAAUAAUUAACCACUCUCAGUGCCACUGAUGGUGUGAGUUUGUCUUACUACUGUAUAUAGGCCAAAGUCCAAUUUAUUCUUGUACUUAUCAAGUAUGAAUUUUAAUUGAUAAUUCAAUGGAAUUGCAAAUAUUUUCAUGAAGAUAAAUGAGGUGCUAGCAAGGAAGAAAAAUUAACAAUGAAGGUUUCCUUAUUUGUAAAUAAUGGUUCAGUUUACCAAUAGCGGAACAGUGUUAUUUUGUUAAGUUUCGCUAGUGAAGUAAAUAAUCUGUGAUAAUUUUAUUGUACCCUUUCAAUCUAAAAAUAAUACUUAGAAUAGGGUGAAGUAGCUUUUUGCAGAUAUAUUUUACUAAUCAGUUAGUCAUCUGGAAUUUGUAGGAUUAUUUUUGUGUGCUACUAAAGUGCCAUUUUAUAUAACUUAUAAAUACAAUAAAUGUGAGAAAAUAAACAAUUGAGAAGUCUUA